UAAGUCCGAAAGCCGCCACAUUUCAGCUGGAUCGUGAAGUGAACGUUUUUCUAUCAUCGUAAAUUCCCUAUUACAAGUAAGAAUCUUUCAAGAUGUCUCUGUAUCCGUCUCUAGAAGAUAUGAAGGUUGAUCAGAUGGCUCAAGCACAGGCUCAGCAAGCUCGCCCACAACAACCUGCGCUUGGUUACCAAGUUCCUGCUUCUGUCCCAGGGGCCAGGCCGGUUGCCCCAACCAGUAGUCUCUAUCCCUCUCUUAAUGACUACAUGGGUCUUGCUGUUUCUGAGGAUGCUGUCAGGCAACAUGUGCCAGGAUAUAGCACAGCUGGUCCACUAGUUCCUAGACCACAAGCAGCUGUUGCCAUUCCGCAGACCAGUGGGAUGGUUGCCCCAGUAAGUGGAGACAACAAUCUGGGCAUCCGGCGUGCAGAAAUCAAGCAAGGCAUCCGUGAGGUGAUUCUCUGCAAGGAUGGAAGUGGAAAGGUUGGCCUACGUGUACGGGCUAUCAACAAGGGUGUGUUUGUACAGUAUGUACAUGCAAACUCUCCUGCUUCCCUAGGGGGGUUAAGAUUUGGUGAUCAGAUUUUGCAGAUCGAUGGUGAAACUUUGGCAGGCUAUAGUGGUGACAAGGUGAUGAAGAUUUUGAAGAAUGCAUCUGCACAGAGAAUUGUGUUUGCUCUUAGAGACAGGCCAUUUGAGCGAACAAUUGUUAUGCAGAAGGAUAGUAGUGGCCAUGUUGGAUUUGUGUUUAAAAAUGGUAAAAUCACUCAGAUUGCCAAGGAUACAUCUGCAGCAAGGAAUGGACUGUUGACAGAACACAACCUUGUUGAAGUAAAUGGACAAAAUGUGGUUGGACUUAAGGAUAGUGACAUCAAAGCAAUCCUUGAGAAGGCAGGCCAGACUAUCACACUGACAAUCAUACCAACUUUCAUUUUUGAGCAUAUGGUGAAAUGUAUGGGCGAAGGACUGAUGAAGAAAACCAUGGACCACAGUAUUCCUGACUUGUAAGAAACUUGCACCACAUUCCAUGAAGGCCUUAAAGCAUCUACAAAGUAUAUAGAGUGGAUAUGUUGGGCAUUAGUUUUAAGUUAGCUACAGAUUAAAAAUUUUUAAAAAUUAAAAAAAAAAAAAGAGAGAGAAAUCUUGUAAUGAUAGAUAUUCUUUCAUUUGAUUGUUACUAUUAAAAGUAAAACUGGUUAGAAAAGAGCAAGAUUCUUAGUGCAGCAGUUACCAUAUCUCAAGUGCUAGUGUCAUGUGUUGAUACACUUGAAGAUCUUUGUUUUCAUAAUUGUUUACAUAAUAUUUUCUCUUCCCUGCCAAUCAGUUUGUGGAAAUUGAUGAAAAACAGUGGCAAGCAAGAUGGGAAAAAAAAGGGGGGGAUUGAAAAUCCUGCUUAAUUUAUCUUGCUAGUUCAUUUAUUUGUCUCCACUGUCAGUAUGUCUUGCACAAACUUAGUGUUUUUUUUUUUUGUUUUUUUUUGGGUUUUUUUUUUUUUUUAAGUAGAUAGCAGAGUUGCAUAUCAAAGGAUCUUACAAAUUUACUUAAACAUGUAAGCUCCUUGGAACUCUUUUUGUACAACAGAAAUAAUAAGAAAAGAAGUUUUGAUUGUGUUCCUCUGGUUGGUAAUUCAAGAUAGCUUGAGCUCUUGAUGUUGCCAGAAGUAUUUUAAUUAAAAGUAUUUGUUAUGUCUUUAUAACAGUUACUGUCCAAUAGUAAUUUUGCAAGUCGGUGGUCUCAUUCCUAUAGAAUGUAAAUAAAGGUGAACCACAAUAAUCAUGUGAUUUGAA